CUUUGUCUGUGAGGGCAGGUUUCAUCUGCGAGUCUGCCCCCGGCAAGUAUAUCUGGCCGCCCUGCGGCCCUUCGGCUAGAAACAAUCAGCAUCACAAUUGAAUCACCUACCUGUCAUAGAAGAAACCAUCGAAGUCCUUCCGGGGGGGAUUAGGCGCAUCGAGCGCAAGGUGAAGCGCUGUCCCCGAGGCUGGAUCAGACUCUGCCGCAAAGAAACGCGGACGAGUAUCGAACGAGACUGCCGCGAGGUGCCAGUAAACACGAAGAUGAGGGGCCUAGACGACCCGCACGGUAUGCCGAGGCCACUCACCCGCAGACGUAGUGGAAGCUUCAAAUUCCGGUUUCCCUUUCUCCGACGGCAGCCGGACUCGUCGGACGAUGAACUGAGGCGGCCGCUGCCACCCCGGCGGCCGCGCGGCCGGCCCUGGCAACGCACGCCCGUCGUGGUCGACCCUCCCCGUCGCCCUGAGCCCCAGCUGGUGUCGCCCAUGCGACCCAAGACUUCGUACAGAUCGACGCCCUCGCGAUCACCACCGGCGAUUCACUUUGCCGCCCCACGUCCAGGGGCGCGAGCUCUGCGCGAGGAACGCAUAUUUCGAGGGCGGCCUCGACCCGCCACACCGUCACCAGUGGGACUUCCCUCGAUCCCUCCCAAACGGAGACGGCUGACACGAGCGUUCAAGCAGAUCUUCGUCACUCAACCCAGACGACCCACAUCUCCAAUCACGAUGGAUCCAGAAGUGGUAUUCCGGCCUCGUUCUCGCUCUCAACCCGCCCGACCGACAGUGGAGUUGGAGAUCCGCCAACCCCGGUCUCAAGCCGCCCGGGUGAUUUCACCCGUUCCACCCAUCCCCCCGCGACGGACCCGGCCCCCGCGCCCGCGCUCCCCCGUGGCGGAGCGGGAGCCCGUCCGCAAGACGCGCUCCACGCCAGGGAUGCCGCGACUCCGGACUGCUUCUCCGCCCCAGAGCAGUCGAAGCAUGACCCCGACACGCCAUGUCCACUUCGCCGAGAAUCUGGAGCAGCUCCCGCCCAGCUCGAGCGAGAACAGCCCGAUGGAGGACACGACGACAGCCAGUUCCGGCGAGGACAGCCCCACGCGCCCGACCAUGACGCGCCCUCCACCCAGCAGAAUCCCCAUCCGCCCGAUGAACCGCCGCAGUCGCUCCUUGGACACCCACGCCAGCCGUGGGCGCAUGGCACCCAGAGAUCCGGCCCGUCCUCGCACGGCCUCGCCUUAUCCCACGCGUCUGGACUCACGGGCUCGACCCACGCCAUCGACGUCCCGAUCGCACACGCUGCAGCAGGCACGACCGCGCAUUAUUCAGGAGGGGAGGCGGGAUCUGAGGGAGCGAGGAUCCCGGUUAUUGGAGAGUUCGUUCGCGCGUCGGAGCGACGAGGCUGUGAGGAGUCCGCGCAUGGUGCAGCGACGGGCCCGACCGCGCACGCGCGCUUCGAUGACGGAUUGUUGGCCGAUGUUUCCGAGCGAUGAGCGGAUUGCGGACGAGGACGAUCGGAGUGGAGGGUCGAGGUUGGGACGAUGGCGGUAGUUGGCUUUGCGUGUUGGCUUUGCAGGUGUUGGUGCUUUGUGGGACGUUUUCAUAUGUCUUUCGGUCUUUCGUUCAGUCAUCUGUGUUGUGGUUUUCCUAUGUUUGAAGUUUUGGGAGGAAUUCGGAGGAAAGGCCGACCCCGCAUGUGACCCCGCACGUGAUGGGGUUAC